CAACAUGGACAUUCAAGGCCCUAUUGUCCGCCCGUCCAAACAAGAGAACGUUGCAGUUCAGACUGUUGUAGCUCUCGUUCACAUGAUGCAGCUUCUAGUGGUUCUGGCCAUAGUUCUUUCCCCUUGAGAGGAAGAGUCGGGGAACGUUCGCACCGUAGAAGUCGUGCUGCCUCUUGCAACCCUGAGCCCCCAACUUUGGCUAAGGAAAUUUUAAAGGCCCUACAGGCGAAAACAGAGGAGGUCAAAGUUGUCAAAGAAGUGCUCGACUCGCUAAGACACAAGUCUGUAGAGGAGAAGCCUGACUUCAAAUAUAAGAGUAACAAGAAGCAGUUCAAGUUCACCACUGAGGUUAAAAACAAGUUUAAUCAGAUUUUAGACAGAGCUGGGGCUGAUGACAUGAUCACUGAUAACCGAAAUAAGCUUAUUUCUAUUGCUGAUCGGGAUGGCUGGGAGUAG